GGCCGGAGGAUGUAUUGCAGGCGGAAGUUGUUCACCUGUUGAUAGAAAGACCGUUCUGUUUUUUAAUCGAACUUUAACGCCCUGAAACACCUGCUGCACCUGAAACCUGCGACACCCGGGAAGCCCCUGGAACCUCUCCCCUCGUGUGGCUCUUCGUCCAGCUGAAAGACGGAGUUUAUGGAUAAAUUGAAGCGGGUUUUGAGCGGACAGGAUGAGGGAAGCGCAGAUGGGAGCGGCAUUCUGGAGAGAGCCAAUCAGGCAUCGACGCUGGCUUGGGGGACCAGGAUGAAGGGCUUCCUCAUCUGUUUUGUUCUGGGAGCUUUCUUCUCCAUCCUGGCCACCUGCUUGUUGUGGAUCCCAGGUUUUGGACUUCCCGUGUUCGCGGUCCUCUACACUUCAGGGAACAUCUGCGCUCUGGCCAGCACCAUGUUCCUAAUGGGUCCAUUGCGCCAGCUGAAGACCAUGUGCGCUAAAGAGCGAGCGCUCGCCACCGUCAUCAUGCUGGCCUGCCUGGUUCUGACGUUGUGUGCUGCAUUCUGGUGGAAGAACAACGGGCUGGCUCUGCUCUUCUGUAUCCUCCAGUUUCUGGCCUUUACCUGGUAUGGCCUUUCAUACAUCCCAUUUGCUAGAGAGGCUGUCAUCAGAUUCUUCUCCCUCUGCAUGUAAAGUCCUCUGACCAAUCAGGAUGCAGCUCUCAUUGGUCUGUAUCCAAUCAGGGCUUAGCUGGUUCAUUUCAAAUCGAUGCUUCAGGUCUUUUAAAAUCAUUUCAUUUAUUUGAUCAAAUUCACAUGUAGCAAUACUUUACUUUUAAUCUUCAAAGCUUUAGUCAUGAGUUUUAUUCAUUUAAAGUCAUUAUGUUGCUGUAAAAAUGAGUUUUGAUUGAUUUAAGUUAGAGCAGCGUGGUGUUGACACCAAUCAGAAAUUGUAUGGAUCCACUGUGAUUUUUUUAUUCAUAAAUCUAAAGUGACCUUUCAUCUUUCAGCUAUGAUUAUUCUCAUUUUAACAGCUUUAUUAUUAUUAUUAUUAUUAUUAUUAUUUAUAGUUACCUGACUUACUUGUGGACAUUUUUCCACUCUAAAAACAUAAACAUGCAGAGUAUUUAGUUUUCUAUUUUUUUUAUUACUUUCUUUUAAAAACUAGUCUUUAACUAACUUAUUAAAUAACCUGCUAGUUUAACUGGUCAGUAUUUAGUUCUAUCAGAGUGCAGGUGGGUACUUUAACUAACCACGUUAACAGAGAAAUUAUUAAGCAAACUGUUUUUUGGUGAUUUGUUAAUACUGAGUGAAGUUAUGGUUUGAUUUAGUUUCAGGUCUGUUUUUAUUUCAAACUGGAAAAAAAAACUUGAGUUUUUCCUGUGAAACCAAAAAAAAAAAAAGAUCAAAUCUUGUUUAAACUAGACACUGAUGUUUGCUUAUAACGAUGUAAUAAGAUCCUCUGUGUUAGAAUAAAGCUAAUUUAUCACUAACUGUGUUCUGGUAGAUUUUAGAUUUCUCGUGUUAUUAAUAAAUAAGAAUUUUCUGA